CGUGAUAUGACAAGCGAAGGAAAGGAAAUUGGGCAAGAGGGCAAGAGUUUAUACACAAGAAAUAGAAGUUGCCUGCUUCAUCUCUUCUUGUAUUUGGGGAUUUCUGAAUCGUUCGGAAUCUCAGGGAAAGAAGAACUCGCUCUCCAUCGAACGCACCGACAAUUUCCGCCGACAUUUUCUGUUUCCGGUGAGACGUUUAGAAAGUUGUCUACUUCGGCCCGCCAAGAAAUUAACUACAAUACUUUGUAGACCGAAUUGCCUUUUGUUUCUGCGACUAAACUGUCUACCUUGACGGCUUUUUCAAAAUCAUCAUGCAAGCUUCAGAUGCAGAGUGUCCGUUGUGUAUGGAACAGUUGGAAAUCGACGAUGUCAAUUUCUUCCCUUGCACUUGUGGAUAUCAGAUCUGCAGGUUUUGCUGGCAUCGGAUAAGAACAGAUGAAAAUGGCUUAUGUCCUGCUUGUAGAAAGCCCUACAGUGAAGAUCCUGCAGUGUAUACACCCCUUUCACAAGACGAAAUACAGAGAAUUCUGAAAGAGAGGAAACAGAAAGAUGUACAAAGAAAACAAAAAGUAACUGAGAACAGAAAACACUUAGCAAAUGUGAGAGUUGUACAGAAAAAUUUGGUAUUUGUUGUUGGACUAACUCAAAGAUUAGCAGAUCCCGAGCUUCUUAAAAGACCAGAGUACUUCAGCAAGUUUGGAAAAAUACACAAAAUAGUUGUGAAUAAUAGUACAAAUUAUGCAGGUCCCCAGGGACCCAGUGCUAGUGCUUACAUUACAUAUGUGAAAGAAGAGGAUGCAAUUAAAGCAAUAAUAGCUGUGUGUAACACUCAUCUUGAUGGGAGAACAUUAAAGGCUUCUUUAGGGACAACUAAAUAUUGUAGUUACUUUCUCAGAAACAUACCAUGUCCUAAAACAGAUUGUAUGUAUCUUCAUGAGUUAGGUGAUGGUGCAGGAAGCUUUACAAAGGAUGAAAUGCAGGCAGGAAAACAUCAAGAAUAUGAACAGCAGUUAAUUGCUUUUUAUUCAAAGAAAAUGGGUCUUAGCAGUGAUAAGGAUAAAAAUGAAGAAUGGCCGGUUGAUGAUGGUGGUGAAUACAGAUUGUCUCCUCGUCUAACAUCAGAAGCAGCAUGGGCUGGCAAAGAUGAGAAUGGAGAAGGAGAUGCCUGUCAAAGUACUUUAGAAAAUGAAGGUAGUUCAGUUGCAGAAAGAAAAGAGGAGGAGGACUGGGAGGAAUCUUGUCUCCCAUCUCUGACUAAAACUGCAACAGAACAUAAGCCAUCUGACACCAUAAGACAAGAAAAACCUGCAAACCAUCCACAGUCAACCUACAGCAAUACAGGUUGGGGAAAUACAGAAAGUGCUGGACGCGUUUUAGAUACUUCCAGUCUGUUCUCUGCUGAUCUGUGCAGUGGUCUGGGCCUGUCUAAUUUACAUCUGAAAGUUUAUGGGGAAGAUGAUUUAGGGUUUGAUCCUUGGAAUGAGUGCAGUAAAGGUUUGGCAGAUCUUCUUCAAGAAGAAAACAAAACAACUUUGCCUGGACAUACUCUUCACACUUCCACAGCUUCACAAUCACAAAGUUUCUUCCCAGGAUUUCCACCAAAUAGUGAUGAUAUUAAAAACUGGCAAGAUGGACUUAGAGCACUUCUACCAAACAUAAACAUUAAUUUCUCAGAUUCUCAGUUACCUCAACAACAAUCUUCUUGGUCUCAUUCUGCACCUCUGACAGAAAGGCAUCCACCUAACUGGCCUUUUUCUUCACAGCAAACGCAAAAUCCAUUCCAAGGUCGCCCUCCUCCAGGAUUUGAAUGUAAAUCACCCACGAGCCACCACAUGCCGAUGCUUGAUGAUCCAGGUAUUUUAUGGUCAAAAGCACUUGACACAGGUAAUCCUCAAGGGAACAAUCCCAUUACUAGAACAGUUUCUAAUGGAUAUCCUGGAAUGCAUCCUUUUAGGAGACAAGCAGAUCUUCAGAGCACUGCGGCAGUCUCGUCAGCAGAGAAGCUGAAGGAAAAUUCAUGUAACGAAUCCUCACAAGAGGAGGUGAUCUCUAGUACAAGAACAAAAGAAUUACUAUCAGUCUCGGAGCCUUCAGGGGAUAAUGUAACAAAUGCAAUGACGGAAGGAACUCACAGAGUUGACAUUUCAUCAGGAUUACCAAAUUGUAUUGAACAGCACAAAACAAGAGUGAGUGAGUUAUCCAUCAUCGACGUAAACGACCCUCUUCCAAGUCAAUGUGGUAAUUCAUUGUUGGAGCACAAGACUGAAAAGAAAAAACGGGACAGCAGAAUACAGGAGACUAACAGACAGUACAAACAAAAUCAAGGAGUAUAUAAGAGAGAUGAGAGACACUCUCAACAAAGUAGACAUUCAGGUACCAAGAGCAGACAUACUGAGACACCAGGAGGCUUUACAAGGAAACAAACUCAUUCUUUUCAAGACAGAGACAAUUCCCAAGUGAAGGCAGGUCCUUCACAAUAUUGCAAUAAGAGAAGAAGAGAUAUUACAAGUGGAUCUGUGGGACAGAGGAAUUGUAUUGGGAAAGAGCAACAAAGCACAAGCUUAAAUUGACAUAACAGUGUUAUGCACAUGGUUUGGAGGCACUGAAUCAAAGCAAGAUCAUGAGUGAGAGGUGUAGGAGGUCAGUCAGCCUCCAGAAACUGCAAAACAAACUGAAACAAAAUGAGAACAACAGAUGCCUUUUCAUUAGGUGCAGGUUCAAACUGUGGAUGCUCUGGUGAACCCAUGGGUUAAAGGCCUGAAACUUGCACUCUAAAGAGUGAUUGGGAAAUAAAAUCUCCUAAGUAUGCCAAUACACUACCCACCAGUUAGGUUACAAGAAGAAAGAAAAUUAUCAGCUUGGAGAUUUUUGGACUUGACAGCAAUUUUCAGCACCAACCAGCAAAGAAAUAUAUGGUUUAAAACUUAGUUUUUAGAUCUCUGGAGUAAAUGGUCUUAUGCUAACUGUUGGCUUGCCUUGACUGUUAAGCUUCUAAACAGCCUGUGAAUACCUUGCUAAGUACUCUUUAGUAUUAAACCUUUAACUCCCAAGGUCUCAUUUGUAAUUCUCCUUACUUUCUACUAAAGGUUCUCAUUAUGUUAGUUUGGAGAAUUUGUUGUUGGCUCCAUUAGUAAUCCUGUAAUUGAUAUUUUUCUUAAUUCUCAUCACUUGUCUGGAUGAUAUUGUAUUUAUAUAGCAAGAAUUUCUUUUUUGGUCACUCACAGGAGCUAGUGGGUUAAGAAUACCCAGAGAGGAAAGGUUUUGGUAUACACAGGCUGUUAAACACUAAAAGGUUCAGACUUCAAAAAGUACUCAAUUUCUGUCAUAAAGAUGUACCAAGUGAACAGGAGAGCCAAAAACUUGUAUCUCUUAAUCAGAAUGUUACAUCUGUCUUAAUAUGAGGAUCCCUUUUCCUAUUUAAACUAUUGCUCUCUGCAAUUUGUCCUGUCUAACUUUCAUCAGCAUUUUAAACAGCAAAAGCCGUUUAUGUUGUUAUGGUGGCUAAGAGAUAAAAAUCACCAAAAGACAGAAACCCAACACAUAAUGUCUAUACAGCAUGUUUGUGAAGUGCAUGAAGGUGGUGAUGUGCAGGAAGAAACCAUUAAGAACUUAAACAGGAAGUAGUUUGUAUUUCAUUACAUUUCAUUUCUUUUCUUUUCAUAAUAAUACCAAGUUUAAUGGUUGCUGAUGGUAAAUGGUAUGGUCAUAUAUACUGCAUCUGUAUAAUACUCUAUCAAUUUAACAGUGAUAGCGAAAUUUCUUUGCAGUUGUGUAAACAUCAGAAUAUCUGUCACACGAAACAAAAUUAACUCCUGUCAGCUUAUUUUACUAUAUCUGCUCUAAUUGUGUGCUUAAACUUUCAUUUGAAGUAAUCAAGCGAGCUUCUCAGGCAUGAAUAUUUAUUAAACUACAGCAUGCACUAAAUGGGAAGGAACUAAUUUCAAUAGGUGGUGUUGUAAUUGAACAGGUAACGUUAAGAGAACUGGUUAUGUUUUUGUCACGCAUGAUAGAGCCAGUCACGACUAGAAUGGCUUCUCUGAAGUUAAUUCCUGAGCUGGUUACUUGGCAAGACAUGUUAGUUUUUUCAGUUUUUGCUUUUGUUUUGUUUUUUUGUUUGUUUUGAUUUGUUUUUUCUUGUUUUGUAUUUUUUAAUGAAGCAUCAAUAAUAAUAAUGUUGAUUUUGAUGAAACCUUUAUUACAGUUGCCAUUGUAGUCUUGACUCGAAACACAUGCUGUAGGGAAACUGUCAUGUUAGGUAACAGAAAUGCGUUAAUAGGUCUUAGUUAAAACUAUUACUGCAUUUAGUUGGGGUUGGGGGACACAUUUGUUACGUCAUUUGCUGCCACACCCCUCCCAAUGUUGAUCUGCAAGAUCCUAUGCACACAGUGACAAAUUACAUUGAACGAAAAUUCACAAGCUAUGUUCGAAAGAUGGGUGCCAACUGGGAAUUUAUGCUGUAAAUCUCUAACUCUAAGAUUUGGCCUCGCUUGCGAGUUUGGCACCUUAAGGAGACAAAUCCUAGAUUAGGAUUUGGUUCCAUGCUUGGUUUGUUAACAACCGUUAAUCAAGUAGGAAAUAACUGGUCGUUAGUCUCCUGUUUAAAGUAAACUAUAAAAUAAUACGUAAGCAAAUUUACCGA